GGUGCUCAGCUAUAAUAGAUGAAGAUCGCAAUCGUUAGACGGUACUACCAUUCACGCAGAACACUUAUUAUAAAUGGAUUGAACGCAGUAUGGUUCGCUACGAAAAAGCCUUGCUUACGAUUGGCCUAGGAAGUCUUGUCAUAUUCAGCCGCAUAGGAUCUUUGGUUUUAGUCCCGCUGUGGAUUGACUCCACAUCAUGCAACGGAACUGUUGACAAUACCUCAACGGUACCAUCUUACCGACGUAUAGAUACCUUCUUUAUCGUGGUUACGCAGGGCGUUACAAACACAUUGUUAUUUGGAAUUUUGUUGUUAUCUCUUCUUGUAUUUUUCCCCAAAAAGAUCACAGAGUUUGAAUGGAAAUAUCCCAAACGUCAGUUCCUCAUCCCAGGUACUGCAAUUACAAUAUCAGCCAUUCUAACUUGUGCUGCACUGAGUGGGAAAAGAACAGCUCCAUAUCUAAUUUCCGUACUGAGCAACUUCAAUAUUCCCAUUACUUUUGUGAUAAGAUUUAUAAUUCUAAGGAAAAGACCAACCCUCAAGAAACUGUUAUGUGCUAUUGUUGUAUUUUUAUCUGAGUUAAUGUGCCUCAUUCCGAGUAUUUUUCCCUCCUUGGAGACAAGUAGCCAGCACCAACAAGAUGGAGGGGCACAGGGAGUAGCAGGUGUGUUGUGGCCUCUCUGCUUCAUUUCAUCAAUGAUUCCAUUUGGAUUAACAAACACAUUCAAUGAGAGAAGUGUUCAAAAGUCAGCUGGGAACACCUCUGAAGCUAAGAGAUUGAACAUAAUAUUUUUUCUCUUUGGGUAUAGUUUAUCUCAGUUGAUUGCAGCUGUAGUGCUAUUUUGGGUAGAUAUUAUCCCAGGCUUUGGCAAUGCGUCUGGCAUUUCCGAUCUGUUUCAAACAUGGUGGUUUAAUGCUCAGUGUAGUAUUGGGUUGGCAGGAUGUAGUGCAACACAAGCUUCCUAUUUUUCUGGAAUGGUGUGGUGUAAUAUCAUUGCAGAUAUCGGGAUUAAUCUGUUCCUACGCUUUACAGAAGGGGCAAAUUAUCUUGUCAUGCUUUUAACAAUACGAACCCCACUUCUCUUUCUAUUCUGGACCUUGUUUAGGGAAUGUCCCUUCUAUUGGGAUCCUCAUGCUAAUCUUAGUACUUACUUGAGUAUUGGUGCGAUCGCUCUCAUGCUUCCAGCCAUGUAUAUUUACAAUACUGGGGACCCAGAGCAUAUGAAAACAUCAUCGGAGACAGAUGCAAGAAAACCAUUAUUAGCCAAUGACAAAACCUGCGACAGAUAUGGAAGCAAUGUUCACGAUAUACAAUAAUAUAGUGUUCGUUUUUGAUAUAGUUAUGAAAAGCAGUUUAUUGCCUUUGAGCGGAUAUACAGAUACAGAACGAUGUCAAUCCAAAGACACGUAUCAUUGAUGACGCAAGAUAAUUGGCUCUAUCAUUUAUCACAUAAUGGGUUUUAAAUUAGGAUUACUUUUAUAUGGAAAUAAUACAACCUAAGUGUCUCGUAAA